AGCCAUCAUGGUGUCCCACAAGGAGUUUGAGGCUGCGGGGAAGGAGCCAGGGCUGCAGGUGUGGCGUAUUGAGAACAUGGACCUGAAGCCAGUCCCCAAGGCCCUACACGGCAACUUCUUCACAGGAGACGCAUACAUCCUCCUCUACACCACCGCAGCCCCAUCCCACUACAUACACAUGUGGAUGGGUAAGACACACACACUACAUACACUAGGCUCUUGACAGCCAUUUCUUUACAUGUUGAAGAAAUGUCAUUGACUCCCAUUCAAAUGCUUUGAUAAUACUCACAUUCCUGAAAGUAACCACUGAUCAGACAUGGACUGGAUUUGAGAAAGCUAUCUAGUGGAGACCUUGCUUUCAUCCAGUCAUCUUAGAUCAAUGUUUACUUUGAGAAAGAGAGGAGUUAUUUGGUUAUAUUGGAUCUGGGUCACUGGCAGACAUUACAUAGACAGACUAGUAUGGACAUAUGGAUGAGGUAGAGAUACGCCCACAGACAAAUACACCAAAGGAGGCUGGUGGGAGGAGCUAUAGGAGGACAGACUCAUUGUAAUGGCUGGAAUGGGAUCAAUGGAACGGAGUCAAACACGUUGUUUCCAUGUGUCAGAGUGUGUAUGUGUGUAAACACUAACACCCUAUAGCUGUUGUCAAUCUACACGUAGACACUGUGGUAAAUCUAUAUAUAGCAGGUAUUGCUUGCGCAGAGAAUGUUCCGUUUUCUCACACUUGGUUUGAAGUGAAGAGACCACAUGAGAAAGCGUUUCCAGCAACACACUUCACUAUGAUGCUUUGGCAAUGAUAACAGUGAUGUUGAAACUCCCCUUCCUGGUACCUUACUGAAAUGUAUUUGUGUAACUCUAUUUGCCCCCUUUUUUUUGUCUAGUCUAUUAGCUUAAUUCAAUUGGCUAAAGAUCUUUCUGGGCAUGGUAGGCUACAUACAAGUGCACUUAUCUUCAAAGAAAGCCAACACCAAAUUAGAAGACUCUCUCCUCUCAUUUCCUUCCUUCUCUCUCUCUGUCUCUUUUUUCUCUUUCUGUAUUCACUUCCCUCCAUCUCUCCUCUCUAUAAACUUCUAGUUUGUCAGUUUGACUUUACAACAAGACAAACCAGAGUGAACCCAAUGUGCGUGCUGAGCUGUGCUCACACACAUGGCAUACCAGUUCUGGGGUAGUUUUUACCCACCCACAAUAGACAGACAAGCCUGGUCUGGACAUGUUUAUGUGCUGCCUUGCUAACAAGGCUUAAGUUCUCUAUUGUGGCGGCGGCCUUACAGAUCUAACAUGCUCUAUCAUCCCCGAUCCAGAUCUGAUCAAUGUAAAAUUGCAAACAACUCCACCCACCACGGUUGAACCAUGUUUAACCCCAUGUUGGAGCCUUAGGGCCCAACUACAGCAAUGUUUACCCUUAAUCAAGAGGAUUGACUGGUUCUUGGUGGAGUGUUUGGUGGAUCUGAUCAAACCAGUUCUAAUAUAAUAAUUUUAUUGUACUCAUUAUUUGUAUGUAAACCUUGGGAUGAAGUCUCAUUCCGUUAGCUUGGAGCAAUUGCUAAAGAAUUGUACUCCACAUUUCAAAUGAGAACACUUUUAACAAAUGCUUGGGAGCAAGUCUUUCGUAUAUGCAGGAUUCUCUGUGGAUGAUGUCACUUUCUCUGUGGAGGAUGUCACUUUCUCUGUGGAUGAUGUCACUUUCUCCUCUCUUCUCUUUCUUCCCUCCAGGUGAUGAGUGUUCUCAGGAUGAGAGCGGAGCGGCGGCCAUCUUUGCCACCCAGCUGGAUGACUUCCUGGGCGGAGGGCCGGUCCAGUUCAGAGAGGUCCAGAACAAUGAGUCCAUCACCUUCAUGGGCUACUUCAAGUCUGGCAUCAAGUAC